AUGCGACUCGGUCGGCCGGCCCGGACCAUGAUCGGCGUCUGGACGGCGCUGCUCCUCAUCCCGGCCGCCACCGGAUUGAACCUGCAGAAUGCGAAGCACCUGACGGCGCUGGUCGGGCAGGGUGUGGUGCUUGACUGCCCUCUGGACUUCCCCGACGGCCAACCCGUGCCCUACGUCAUCGAGUGGAGGAAACAGGAGCUCCAUCCGCCCCUGUACAUCUGGUACGACGGCUACCCUCCGCACGUGGCCGACAGCUACGAGGGCCGGGUCCGCCGGGUGGACUUGCGGAGCACACAGUACGGCAUGGCCUCGCUCAACAUGACCAACAUCACCGAAAUGGACGCUGGCUGGUACGAGUGUGUCGUCCACUUUCUGGACCGGUCACCGGCCGAGCUGGGAAACGGCACCUGGGUUCACCUGGAUAUACACGCUCCUCCCCGGCUGGUCACCACUCCUCCAAAGAACCUGUUCGUCAACGUCGGAGACUCGGAGAUCCUGGCGUGUGAGGCCAGGGGCACCCCGGAGCCGGUCAUCAGCUGGUACAAGGCCACGCCGCCAUUGUGACGGGGCCAGCGAACCUGACGCGCAUGGAGGCGACGCGGGCCGUGUUCACGUGCGAGGGCCGCGCCCGGCCGUCCAACUUCAGCCUGCGCUGGCUCCGAGACGACAUCCCCGUGGAGCAGCACAGCGGCCUCGAGAAACGCUUCAAAAUCUCGGGCAACGGCUCGCUGGUGAUCGACCCGGUAGCGGCGGAAGACGCCGGCAUGUUCACCUGCGAGGUCUCCAACGGCAUCGGCAGGCCGGAGCGGGCCUCAGGCUUCCUCGAGGUCCAGUACGCGGCUCACGUGCCAUACACGCCUUCGGUGCAGUAUCUGCCGACCGGGCUGCAGGGCGUUAUACGCUGCCACAUCAAGUCCAACCCUCCCAUCCAGUUUGUCACGUGGUUCCGAAACGGGCGGAAGUACGAGCCGGAGAACGUGCCGGGCGUCACGCUGCUACUCAACGGCUCACUGCUGAUAGAGUCGGUGCGGCACGAGCACCAGGGCACCUACCGCUGCCGGCCGUUCAACCAGCACGGCUCUAGCGGCGAGUCGGGCGAGAUGCAGGUGGUGGUGCGCGAGCCGCCGCGCUUCGUGCUCCGGCCUAAGAACCUGUACCAGCGCAAGGUGCACGACGCCAUCCAGAUGCCUUGCGUGGUGGAAGGCUCGCCUGCGCCCCAAGUCAUGUGGAGGAGGCAUGACAACCAGAGCCUUCCCAGCGACCGGGUGUUCAUCAACAAAGGCAACAUCACCAUCAAGUCGCUGCGAAAGUCCGACUUCGGCUACUAUGAGUGUGUGGCAAGAAGCAGUGUGGCGACCAUUGUCACCUCAACACAG